GUGUAGAGCCCAUCAUGGCUGCUGAGGGCUGUCAGUAGGGGAUUUGUUUUUAACUCUGAAGCGGUUCCUCUGCUCGGUGACACGCACACGUCCGACCCGCCCGCCUCCCGGUUCUUGCUCAGACUGCCCGGUGGAGCGGCGCCAUGGCUCAGUGCGCCCAGUCCGUGCAGGAGUUCAUCCAGGACUCGUUUGUGCCGAUGGUGUCCGUCCUGUGCAGCGAAGACGCGGAGAGAGUGACCCGCAAGAACAACCUGAGUUUCCCGGAGCUCCUGCGCCCUUUCUGCCGGCUGACCUCGGAGGGUCACUUGCGUGACCCCAAUAACCAGGUGGUGGUGGUGAAGGGGCUUCGUAUUAGCGUGACAGGGGUUAACACUCGGCCGCCAAACUCUGGCGAGGUCCGCAAACUCCUGAGCCAGGCUGUGUCUGCCUGCCAGCCUCCUGAAGGGCUACCUGCUAAUGUCAUCACUGCAGGAGACUACGACCUCAACAUCAGCGACCGCUCGGUCAAAGCGAGCGUACCCUGGUACUCUGACUGGAAAGAAAUGCUCACCCAGCUCAGCUCCUCCAAAUACUACACAGCAACAACACCAUGGUUUGAAGCAUAUAGAGAGAACUUUCUACAGUCCAUGCCUGCAUCAGACCAUGAGUUCCUCAACCACUACUUGGCCUGCAUGUUGGUGGUGUCGUCUCGUGAAGCCGUUCCCACAGAGCAAUUUCUAAAGCUUUCUCAGGAGCAGCACAGGAUCCAGCACAAUGGAGAAUACACCUACCCCAAAUGGUUCAUUCCCAACACCCUCAAAUACUAUGUCCUGCUUCACGACAUCAGCGAUGGAGACGAACAGAGGGCGGACUCCGUGUAUGAGGACAUGAAGCAGAGAUAUGGCACUCAAGGCUGUUACCUGUUGAAGAUCAAUUCCAGAACUGAUGCUGCUGGACCAGAUGAACAAAUGCCUGAUCCCUGGAGUCAAUAUUUACAGAAGACCAACAUCCAUAGCCCUUAUGAAGAAGCUGUGCUGAAUAAUGUGGAGAAUAACAUCAGCUCAGAAGUGGACGGACUUGACUCAUCAGACGUGGUCUCUGAGAUCCAUCCGCUCAAGCUGGAACAGUCAGCUGACCCCGGUUACCCUGGCAACCCCAGCAAGGCAGUGAACAGUGCUGACACGGCAAGGACGCAGAAACAGGGUAGUGUGACUCCUAGUGCUGCCCCCACAGCUCAUGGAGCCUGCUUGACACUGAAUGACCACGACCGUAUCCGCCAGUUCAUCCAGGAGUUCACCUUCAGAGGACUGCUACCGCACAUAGAGAAAAACAUCCGCCAGCUCAACGAUCAGCUGGUGUCCAGGAAAGGAUUGAGUAGGUCUCUCUUCUCAGCCACGAAAAAGUGGUUUGGGGGCGGGAAGGUUCCAGAGAAGAGUAUCGCGGAACUAAAGAACACUGCAGGAUUGCUGUAUCCCCCAGAAGCUCCAGAGUUGCAGAUCAGGAAGAUGGCUGACCUGUGUUUUCUGGUACAGCACUAUGAGCUGGCCUAUAGCUGCUACCACACUGCCAAGAAGGACUUUCUCUCUGACCAGGCCAUGCUGUAUGCUGCAGGAGCACUGGAGAUGGCUGCCGUAUCUGCGUUUCUGCAGAGUGGUGCUCCCAGGCCGUACCCUGCACACUACAUGGAGACGGCCAUCCAGACCUACCGGGACGUCUGCAAAAACAUGGUCCUGGCUGAGCGCUGUGCUCUGUUGAGUGCUGAGGUGCUGAAGAGUCAGGCCAAAUACUCAGAUGCUGCUACUCUGCUAAUCAAGAUGACAAGUGAGGACUCUGAUUUGCGGAGUGCGCUCCUGUUGGAACAGGCGGCCCACUGCUUCAUUAAUAUGCGCAGCCCCAUGGUGAGGAAGUUUGCCUUCCACAUGAUCCUAUCUGGCCACCGCUACAGCAAGGCUGGACAGAAGAGGCAUGCAUUGCGGUGUUACUGCCAGGCCAUGCAGGUGUACAAGGGGAAGGGCUGGACUCUUGCUGAAGAUCACAUCAACUUCACCAUCGGCCGCCAGUCCUUCACACUGCGGCAGCCUGAGAACGCUGUGGCCGCGUUCCGGCACAUUCUCAUCAACGACAGCAAGCAGACAGCCACCCAGCAGAGCGCCUUCCUCAGGGAAUACCUCUAUGUCUACAAAAGUUUGAGCCAGCCGUCCAAUGAGGGCUCCUUGCCUCAGCUGCCCCUGCCCUGCAUUCACAGUGCUCAGACACGCGUGUUCUUCGGCCAUGAGCCCAGACUUGCAGAGGGGGAGAAGCAAGCUGCCACCCACGUGUGGCUGGAUCAGGAGUUUGACGGGGAGCAGGCCCAGCUGUGGGCGGAGCUGGAAGAGCAGGUGGUUGCCGUGGCUAAUAGGGGGAGUGUGCCUAUCAGCUUCCAGCCCACGCAGUACUGCCUUAGCAGCCACACAGACAACCUGCGUUACCCCCUCGCUGUGGUGGAAGAGCCCAUGUUUGUGGAGGUGGUGUUUCGGAACCCUCUAAAGGUUCCGCUGGUUCUGUCAGACCUGUCUCUGCUGUGGAAGUUCACGACAAAGGACUUUUCUGGACCUCAGGGAGGCACAACUGGAGAAACCAUUACCAAUGAGAAGGAGGCAGCUGCAGGCACAGCCACAGCUCUUAAUGACAUUAUCAGCACUGAAGUCAUUCCAGAGUUUACUGUUAGUCCAGAAGAGACAAAAGUGGCCCGACUGAAGUUGCUCCCUCAUAAAACAGGAGAGCUACAUGUGCUUGGUAUUGUUUACAACUUGGGCACCAGAGAAGAGGACAACAGCACUAGUGAAGCCAGUCAGUAUAUGUUUGUGCGCGGGCGGCAGGACCUGGAAAUCCAGGGCCCAAGACUCAACGUGACCAAAGAGGAGAAGACCUCAGUUAGACAUGGACCAGAUCGCCGCCUAGACCCAAUCAUCACUCCUCCAAUGCCCCUGCUGGAGGUGUUCUUCAUAAACUUCCCUACGGGCUUGCUGUGUGGUGAGAUUAGGAAAGCAUGGGUGGAAUUCGUCAACGUGAGCGCAGUUCCUCUUGCUGGCCUGCGAGUGGCGUCCACACACCCAGAGUUCUUCACCUUUGGCAGUGCCGCUGCUGACCUUACCCCUGUUACCCCUACAGCUGCUGAGCAUUGCUCUGCGUACAAGACUAUGGUCACACCCCCGUCUGAUGCUGCCGUAACGCUGGUGUCUCCGGCAACAUUUGGCAUUACUGGGGACGACAGACCUACGGUAGUGGAAAUCCCUUUAACUGGAGAAGUGCUAGGACCAGGAGAGGCGCUACAGAUCCCACUGUGGCUCAGAGGACCUGACCGAGAGGGAGUGCAUGAGAUAAGCUUCCUGUUUUACUAUGAGAGCCUGGAGAAAAAUGCAAAGCUCAGUCACAGAGUCCUGCGUCACAAAGCCGUUAUCUGUGCAAGUCGUUCGCUGAGUGUCAGGGCGACAGCAAGCCGCAGUAACACGCUGCCAGGGCAGAGGCAGGAGGACGAGAGAGAGGAAGAGCGAAGCGGCAGCAUGCUGGUCUUUGUGGAUGUGGAGAACAUCAACACUAGUGAAGCAGGAGUACGUGAGUUCCACAUAGUGCAGGUGUCCAGCAGCAGCAGACAGUGGAGGCUGCACAAAUGCAUCAAUCCUGCAGGAGACAAAGACUCCAAGCUGGCGAGCAGAGAGAGGGGGAAGCUGUGCUUCAGGGCAACUAGAUGCAGAACACAGGAAGCUACCUCAGACGCACUGGAGAAAUACACGUUUGCUGACCUAAAUCUUGGCAAUGAACAGAUUGUCAGUUCUACGACUCCUUGUGCAGACUUCUUUUUCCGGAGAGGUCCGCCCUCUGAGCCCAGGAAAGGAGGUGUGAUCACAGUAGGGGGUCUUUUGAGGAGGCAGAGCCUCACUCCAGCAAGCAGCACUGAUGACAGUAUGACCAGUAUUGUUCGGAAAUGCAGUGAAGUGGAACUCGACAUCAUCGUGCUCUGGAAGGCCUAUGUGGUAGAGGACAACAAGCAGCUCAUUUUAGAGGGGCAGCUCCAUGUGGCUCUGCAGACCAUCGGCAAAGAGGCCUGCUCACUCUCACAGAAAGAGGAAGCUCAAGAGAUGGUGUUGCUGAAGUUUAAGCCUGAUCUUCCUCCUCCUGUCAGCAGACCCUCGCUGGAACAGCUUUCUCAUCUCAUCAAGACCUGUCUGCACUACCCUGAGUCUUACGACCACCCAUUCCCACAGAAGAGUUUAUGCAUGGUUCCAGUUACCUUGACAUUGUCCAACUGUUCCCUGGCUCAGGUAGAUGUCAUCAUUGACCUGCGACACAAAACUACCAGCCCGGAGUCACUGGAGGUGCAUGGCUCGUUUACCUGGCUGGGACAGACGCAGUAUAAGCUGCAGCUGCGGCCACAGGAGGUCCACCGGCUCUCCCUCAAAGCCUGCUUCUUCCAGGCCGGCGUGUACAACCUGGGCACACCACGGGUGUUCGCCAAGCUGGCACAGUCGGGCACGAUGUGUGAGACCAGCCAGCAGAGCGCCAUGCCAGCCCUCAUCAUCAUCAACAGUAUGUGAGCCACCAGUCAGUGCUGUGGCCUGCUGCUGCCCCAGCCUCAACUCACCACUCUCCACCCAAACCCUACAGCAUCCAGAUUCUACCAGACUGCUGCCGUUUUCUACUUAGUAAAAAGAACAAACCUGAAACUUGGGGGGAGCAUUAAACAAAGUUUAGUAAGUUUCAGUUAAAUUCUGCAUCUGAUGUGCUCGUGAACUCUGGUGAGAUGGUCAAACACAAAUAAAAGCCCUAGGGCAAAGAAUCAUGGACUUGAAAUGAGAGGCUCUUUUGGUAUAUCUUAUGUCAGCAGUGUAUCA